AUGACUGAGAUGUCUUUAGGGGUGGGGAGAUUUUUGGAGUGGGGAGCUUUGGAUGCCAGGGGUGCAGUUGGAGGGGUGGUAGUAUUCUGGGAUAAUAGGGUGUUAGAGCUGAUGGGAAUGGAAGUGGGUAUUUUUUCCAUUUCUUGUCGUUUUAAGAAUGUUGAAGAUGGAUUCAGAUGGACUGUCUCAGGAGUGUAUGGUCCUACGUUGAGAAGAUACAGAGAAUUAUUUUGGGAAGAAUUAGGGGCCAUCUGUGGGCUUUGGAAUGAUCCAUGGUGUGUUGGAGGAGAUUUUAAUAUGAUCAAGUUUUCGAAUGAGCGCAGAAGAGGAGGCAGAGUGUCUUCUUCAAUGAGAAGAUUCUCGGAGGUGAUUGAUGAUCUGGAGUUGAGGGACCUCCCUCUUCAGGGGGGCCCGUUUACCUGGAGUGGAGGGUUGAACAGUCAAACCAUGUCAAGAAUUGAUCGUUUUUUGGUGACGGAGGACUCGGAGGGCUACUUUAAUGAGGUGGUGCAGAGUACUCUUCCUAGGCCAGUGUCGGAUCAUUUUCCCAUCCUAUUGGAUGGGGGAGGGGUGAGGAGGGGGCCUAUCCCCUUUCGGUUUGAAAAUAUGUGGCUUAAGGAGGAGGAGAAAUUGAAGGCCUUGAAGGUCAUCUUAAAAUCUUGGAACAAGGAUGUUUUUGGGAAGGUGGGAGUGAAUAAGAGACUGGCCUUGGACAAAGUGGAUUUCUGGGAUAAUCAGGAGAAGAGGCGUAUAUUAUCUAUGGAGGAGUUGGAAGCUAGAAAGGAAGCAAAAGGGGAUUUUGAAAAAUGGGUUCUCAUGGAGGCAAAAAUCAAGAGAAGUGUGAGGAGCAGGAAAUUAGGGGGAGGGAGGAGAGGGGGGGGGGGGGGGGGGGGGAGGAUUGAUGGUGAGGAGGCAGCUAGGUUGGAGGAGGCCUUUACAGAGGAAGAGGUCUUCUCUGCCCUCUCAGAUGUGAAUGGGGACAAGGCUCCUGGUCCAGACAGGUUAUCUCUCAGCUUUUGGCAAUUUAGUUGGGAUUUUGUAAAAGAAGAGGUUAUGGGCUUUUUGAAGGAAUUCCAUGAGUAUGGCAGAUUCGUAAGGAGUCUAAACUCGACUUUCCUGGUCCUUAUCCCUAAAAAGGCGGGUGCGGAGGAUCUUAGGGAUUUUAGACCGAUAAGUUUGGUAGGGGGGUUGUAUAAAAUGUUGGCAAAAGUGUUAGCUAAUAGGCUUAAGAAGGUCGUGGGAAAGGUGGUGUUUUCAGCGCAAAAUGCAUUCGUUGAAGGAAGACAGAUUCUUGAUGCUGCCCUAAUUGCCAAUGAGGCAAUAGACUCGAUGUUGAAAAGAAAUGAGAGCGGGGUGUUUUGCAUCUGGAUAUAG